CUUGUGGAUAUUGUGUUUUUAUUUUGUUCAGUGCUUGAACAUAGAGUUGUACAGAAGAAUAUUGAAGAGGAGACUGUGCUUGAGACUAGGAAACAAAAUUGCGACUUGGAAUACUUUGUGGGAUCAUCUUACCGGAUUCCACAAUGUUGGAGACUCUUGCAGCAGACCUUCUUAGUCGGUUUCUGGGACAGUAUAUAGAAGGUUUGGAAACUAAAAAUGUGAGUUUAGGCCUUUGGUCAGGAAAACUUUGUCUUCGUUCGUUGGCACUGAGGCCAGAGGCACUAUCGGUUUUCAUGGCUUCUUUAGGGCUAGACUUGGGUGCUUCUGUGAGACGCGGAGAAAUUGCAGAAUUGGAAAUCUUAGUACCUUGGAAAAAUAUAUGGAGUAACUCCUCUGUUAUCUCUUUAAAGGGGUUGCGACUAGAAGCUGUACCUGUUAGUGCAUCUGUUUCAACACAGGACCAAAACUCCUAUGCACAACGUAGGAAACGUGCUAGGCUGGCAGCAGAUGAAGCUCUCAGAGAAACAAAAAGACAAGCACUCUUGGAACUGAGUAGUAGCGUCAAACAGGACGCAAAUAGUAACAGCAAUUCGGCCACUUGGUAUCAACGUCUGCUUACUCGGGUUAUCAGCAGAAUACAGAUAGACAUUUCAGAUAUUGUUGUGAAAUAUGUUCUGGAUGAAGGAAACAGCUUUCGCAUGGCAAGUUACUUUCAUCUCAAGUUUAUGUCUGUUGUUUCCACCGAUAGAAGUUGGGAACAAAAUCUGGGAGAAGUAUCAGAAGGUCCUAUCCUCUACAAGGUUGUAAAUAUACAGGAUCUUUCAUUUUAUAUUGGAAAAGACGUCUUUAACGAAUCAGCAGUAUUUGAAGAAGACAUUCUUAACAUUGUGAAUUCGGAAAGUAAUCAAAGGUAUAAACUGUUUGGUCCUUUUUCUGCAACUUUACAAGCGAAAUUGCGGAAUCCUAUGGAAGAUAUGAAAGAAGACCAACCCAUUCCUAAUGCUGUUCUGUAUUUAUGUGUCCAUAACUUUGACUGUUCAUUGGAUAGACUGCAAUAUAUAAGCAUGAUGAAGUUAUUGGAAGCUUUUUCGCAAAAGACAACUAAGCCUGAGAAUGCAAUAGAAAAGUGGAAGUGGAUUGUUGAACAAAUAUUUCCUGGUCUUGGUCAAAGAAUCAAGCAGGAAAAAAAUCUUCAAGUAGAAGCAAUGAAGUUAAGGAGGUUGCGUAUGCUUGAAUAUUUUGAGUUGCGUGAAAAAUAUUUGUUACAAAGGUAUUCUAAACUGAAACAAGAUAGUAAUACGAAAGGUAUUAUGUAUCCUAAACGACUUGAGGAGUUGGAAGAUGUAUUGGAAUUGGAUGAUAUCCUAUUGUAUCGUAGUAUAAUUGAUGAAAAGUUAAAUUCUAUUACGGUUCCUAUUAACUCUUUGUCUCAAAAUGAUGAAGUGAACUCGAAUAAGAGUGAUACUACAAGUAAUGUUGGUUGGUUGCAAUGGAUGUCAUCAUAUUUUACCUCCAAACAAGAAGAACCGAAACAUUCUGUGUCUUCAUCUGAUAAUAGUCUCAAGACUGCAGAGGAAGGCCCUGGUGAUGUUUUUCCCGUAGAUGAUAAGGCUUCCUUACAGUAUAGUAUCUCUGACUUUGCUGAUUCCAAUAACAAUGUUCAUGAUUGCAGUUUAUUUCGUGUAGAUGUGGUUAUCGAAAAAGCAGUCUUUUUAGUUUGUGAUAAUGGAUUAGAAGAAGAGAAACAACCCUUUGCAAGGAUGCUUCUUGGAGGUUUGUCUUUUGGUUUUGAGAAACGUUUUUCAGGGACUAUUCGACUUGAUUUGCUUUUCAACUAUUUCUCGAUUGUUGAUUGUCGUAAUCAGGGUGGUUCUAUGUUGAUAAGUCGAAAGUGUAGGGAAGAAGAAAGUAGCAGUUUAUCAUCCAAAGUAGAUGUUGUGGAAUAUACAUUACGUGAUCAAGUGGAUUUUCUACUACAAGACCCAUUUGGGAGAGUUGAAGAAACAUCAAAAGGUGUACUUGGUGUGUUUAAAAUAGAAAUGGGUGAACAAGACGAAAGUAAUGGCGUAUACGGUAGGUUUGGUGGCAUACAAAUUUCUCUCAUCGAUCAGAGCUUUUUCAAAACAUUGUUUGGUGUUUUUGAACUUCCAAGAAAGAAAACAAAUUUAAUUGAAAGUGUUUCAGUACGUGCCAAGAAAAGUUUAUCUGAACUUCGGGAGUAUCUCGAGUCUCGUUUAUACGAAAGAAAGAAGCGUUUUCAGAUGAAGAUUUUAAUAGAAGGUCCAUCGAUCUUUCUUAGUUCUUCAAAGAGAGGCGAUGGUGUAUGGUUCAAUUUUGACACUUUGAAAUUGAAGAAUUGUUCACAUGAGGCACUUGAGUCUAACCAAAUGAUUGUGUACAAGUCAAUACAAGAUAUGUCUUCACUCUUUGGUUUCUAUCAACUUGAAUUGAACGACUUAGAUAUCAAAUAUAUGGAAACUAUAAGUGAAUCUGAUGCGACGUGUAUUGUUGUGUUAAAGUUGGAGCGAGCAAUUUUGUAUUUUGUGACUUUGUUGGAUGCCAUUACGGCUUCAAGUUGCAAUGAGCUUCCACUUUUUAUUAAGAACUGUCACUAUAGACCGCUUGCUUGCCUUGUUGGAGAACUUCCUGCUUUGAAUUUUCAUAUCGUUCCUCAGUUUUGUAUGUUUUUCAAGGAGCUUUUGCAAGAUGGAUGGUUUAUGGAAUAUAGCAAAUAUAGACAAACUGAGCAGUUGGAAACUCAUCCAACUAUUGACAGAGCAGUUAGCUCGUCUUUGGAAGUAGUUGAAGAAGCAUCGACCGAUAGAAGAAUUGAACACCUUACAUAUUUUACUUUGCAGUUGAUGAUGCCACAGAUUAAUGUUUCUAUUGGAAGUCGUCAAGGAAAUGUGGGUUUGAAGGCCAGUUUGUUCGAAUUGACCUUGUGCUUGUCGUUUCUUUUUGACAAGAAGCAAUUUUCAUGUAGUUUUGAAAGGUUUUUAUUGAAGCAAUUAUUUUCUAGACAGCAACCGCAGAAUUUAUUUAUUUGUGAAGACCAAGUUCGCUAUGCAAAGAAUUAUGGUGCUCUUUGCAUAGAUGCAAAUUUUCAUCCUAAUCCUGCUGAAGACAGGGUCCAUGUUCGUAUCAUAUCCAUAAAAAUGAUUCUCGAGCCUUCAGUUUAUGCAGAUAUUGGAAGGAUGGGAUACGACGAACUUUUUUCAAAGCAUAGGGGUCGUACCACCUUUGAUAAUCUUGAUGACUUUAAAAAGCAGGAUAAAGUUGUUGAAAGUGAAAUGCUCUUUCCGAAACGAAAAGUAUCCGUCGACUUUGUUUUUGAAGAAUUGACUUUUGAAAUCGAACGAAAUCGUUUGCCAUUUGCUAUACUUACUAUCUCGCAACUUGGUGGUAAUUUAAACCAUGAGGAUACAAUUGGUUUCCAAGGACAAGGAAUAUUUGAUAAUAUUACUCUUUACAACAUGUCAACGGAAUUGGAAGUUUCAAAGAAAGUAUUGAACGUUCCAAUAUCAGAUUGUCGUGGUCGUUGGAAGUUAGGUUCGUUGGUAACUGCUGUGAAUUUAGAAGACAGUCAGAGUUUUGUAGACAUUCCAGAACUGCAAAUUACAACAAAUGAUUUUCAUUUGAUAUUUCUUUCUUCCUUCUGGACUGAACUCAAGGCUCAAGUGACAAAGACCAUGGAAAAUUUAUUUCCUUCGAACGGUUCCGAACGAUCCGGAACUGGUAAAGAGUAUCCGAAAUAUGCCCCUUUUUUGUUAUGGUUGAUCUCUAAUAUUUUUGAGCUUGAUAUUCCUCGCAGUUCAUCUUGUAAAGAUGCUGUCAGGUUGAAAGCUGAAAAUCUCCACCUGAAGAACAAAUUGCAAAUGGCUGUCAAUUACAAUAUAGGCUUGUCAAUUACGACAGGUUCUGUUGAUGGUAUGCUGUAUCAAAUGACAGUUGAAUCGGAAAUACCAUCAAAAAAGGAAGCUUUUUGUGAAUCAUUUCUAUUGGACGCCGUCUUAGAAUUUGAUAUUGAUACUGCCUCAUGUUAUGACUGGACCUCGUCAGAUACGACGGAACCUCCUCCUGAUGUAUUUAUCCGAAUGAAGUCAAUACGGCACACCAUGUUUCAUGUAUCUGAAGUUCAGUAUACUACGUUGUGUCACAUUCUAUAUGGAAAUUUAUCGGAGGAUAUCGAGAAAGAAAAUAUUGCAAAUCUUAUCUGCCGUCGCAAGUCAGAAGACUCGGAAUUGUCUUCGAGCCCUGAGAAUAUGUUACCCGGUGAAUGGUUAUUACCUCGACGCUCCCCUAGUAAGAUACCUGUUGGGUAUAGAGCGAUACUGGAAUUCCCUCAAUUGAGUUUAUCAUUGUUUUCUGGUGGUUUUGACAGUCAUUCCCAUUAUGCUAUCGCAGAUAUAGAUUUCCAUAGGAUGAGUUUUUUUAUAGACUAUUAUGAUGAUGGUCGUUUGAGUGUGGAGGCUUCUGCUAUUCAUGCUACCAUGUUGGAUACAAGACCAUGUUCUCUUUAUCGUACAACUUUAGUUAUGCCUGAUAGAGAACUUCAAAAGGACAACCAACCUCUUCUUGUCAUGAAAUAUUAUGGAUGGCCGGAAGCGGCUUCUGUGUAUUCAUUUUCAUUCUCCUCUUUGAAAUUUUUUGUGGUUGCAGACUUUAUUCGUAGUAUAUAUCGACUAUCGAUUCCUUUUACAAAUGCUCACUAUGAUCCUUGGUUACUUCGACCAGAGUCUUGGGAAGAAUCAACAAGAGUUUUCGAUCAACCAUAUUAUGGUAAACAAAUUACUGUUGUCUUUUCGAAUUGUCAAUUUUAUUUUCCUGCCGAUUUAUCCCGUUCAGAUAGUCAUGCAUUGGUUUUAGGAGGAGAUCUUGUUUCAAAGUAUGACAUUUCAUCAGAAGAAUCUGGAGUCUAUCAUUUUAUUGGAAAAAACAUGCAUGUUUUGUUGGGUUCGAUUUCCGAACCCAAUCUUCUAAAAGCACUGUAUCCAUUUGAACUCACUAUUGACUACAGUUUUGGUUCCGACUUGAGAGUGCUUCGAGUCAAUGUGGAUUCCAUAUUGUGUCGACUUGGUAUUCACGAUGCUCCCAUCGUGUUUUCAGUAAUCUGGAGACUUUUCGUAGCUGAUGCCGAACAGUUGUCUACGAAACGAGACAAGUGUAUUUCUGAUGAUGUCCUUGUAGGAGAAGAUCAUCAUUUAUGUGAAGCUGAAGCAUCCAAAAUUCCUAUUGACUUUCAAUGUAAUGUUCAAGGAAUAAGACUGAUUGCAUUGGAAGAGUCGAGAAAUUCUUGCGUUCCAGUGUUAGAAGCUCGUGUCGAUAGAUUACGAGGGACUUUUCGAGACUUUCUAUGUGGUCAAGUCAAACUUGAAGUUGCUGUAUUUCUCUUUUAUGAAAAGAAGGGUUGGUGGGAACCCGUUUUAGAACGUUGGCCUUGUAAUCUCAAUUUUUCCAUUGGGUCUAAAAACACAUUGGUGUUAGAGUUGCUUUCGGAACAUCGCCUAAAUAUCAAUAGUACUCAAGUAGCAGUGGAAGGUGUAUUGAAAGCAGUCGAAAGCUUUCGUCACUUGAUUCAACACAUUCAGCAGACAGAUUUAUAUUGUACGAGAACUGAGUACAUGAUUUCCAAGGAUAGACCAAGUGUUGCAGCUUUUGUCGUACAUAAUGCAUUGGGUGUACCUAUUUCACUGACAUUUCCUUAUGACUCGAGUCGUUAUGUUUGUUGGGAAGGAGAAGAAAAGGAAGUUGAUAUCCGAACAGAUGAGUUAAUAAGGGCUUUAACUGCCGUUUCUUCUCAAGAUACCGAUAUCAAUCAAUUAGAGUUUAUCAAUAGCUGCACUGUUCAAGUUCCAGGUUACGAUGUUUUGACCCUCUCUGCCUCUGAAUAUGGUGUUCACCUUGUCUCAUUACAUUCCGUGGAUGCUAAUGCCGCACAGUCUUCUUCCAAUUUAGUGGUUGAUGAAGACAACCAACCGUAUAUCAUGAAGGACACCAUUGCAGUGUGGGAUGUGUCUAUGAAGGAUGGUUGUCCUUAUUGUACUUUGCGCUCAAGAUAUCGACUAUUGAAUAAGACUUCUAUUAAAGUUGAAGUAACCUAUGGCCGCAACUUACAGAUGUACAGUAUUUUACCUGGAGAGGCUUGGUCGCCUCCUCUUGGCUUUGAAUAUGAGCCCAUUUAUCUAAGACCUUGUAUCAACGGUGGAAUUCAUUUUGAUGGUGAAGAGUUGGCAAAUGAAUGCGAGAAGCGAAUUUUUUCUUGGAGUAGUGCAUUGGAAUCUUUCCAUGAGUUUUGGAAAAAGGCCAUGUUAGUCACACGAGAGGAAAGAAAGAUGUCGAGAAAAUGGGGCUUUGACAACUACUCAGCUGAAGACUUUAUGCGUCAUAUGGACAAAUUUAUCUCGUUGGUCUGCUGUGUUUCAGAUUUGGAGGAUUCUAAUGCCGCAAACACUUGUUUGGACGAAUUCUAUUUCCUUCUGUUUCCACGAGUGGACGAAAAACGCCCCUUUGGUUGGGAAAACGGUUGGUUGGACUUGGAAAUACAUCCUCCGUUAACUAUUCAGAAUGGACUACCACGAGAAGUAGCCUUUAGACUAAGAAAACCCAAAGGUCGUGUCUCUCGAAUUUUUCAUUCAGUUGAAGAAGAAUCGUUUGGUUUCGUGGAGGGAAUUCUGGAGCCCUUACAAACUGCUGAAGUAUUUUCACUUUCUCAUGAAAUUGGGGAAAAUACUUUAAGUUUAAGAUAUGAUAAUCUAUCUAGGCCUUGUCGAGGGAAACCUAAUUAUGAAGGAUUUAUGAAAAGAGCAGAUACUCCUGAUUGGGGUCAAAGUGUUGUUUUGCACCCUAAUAAUCGUGUGGAGUUGUUUUCAUUUUCUGGAAGUGAAUCUUUCUUACCGAGAGGUCUCAAUCUUCGUAGUCAGAAGGUGUUUGCACGUCUUGAGUUGACAGAUGACGAUAGGAGAGUGGGUCAUCAUUUUAGAAUAGUAGCAGAAUACUGGCUGAGAAACAAAUCGAGUUCUGCAAUCAAUGUCAGAGUAGUCAGUAAUGAUGCUAUAUCAUUCUUCUCUUUGGCUCCUUGUCCUCCAGGAGAACCUGUAGAUCCAUUUGUUGUUUUUGAUGGUAACGAAAUUGCAUUUGCUGUUGCAGGCUACGACAAUUAUAUACCCUUAAUGGAACCUUUGGCAAAUGUGGACAAGCCCUUGGAACUGAAUUUACAACAAGGCAAUUAUAUUUUGGAUGUGAGACCAGGAAAGGGGAGCUUUGGACAAUCUCUCGUAGCAACUAUUCGAGAUUGCCUACGCAUUGAAAACUCUACAAAGUUUCUUUUCCAAUGGUGCCAGUCACAUUCGAUGAAGACAAGUAAGAAAGAAGAUGCAAUGACAACUAUAAUGGGAGUUGAUGAAGAUUUAGUACAUGAUAUACCUCCUGGGAAAUUUGUUGCAGUACAUUGGGACUUCAAUGACAAGGAAAGGCUGCUUAGUCUACGACGAACAGAAGACAGAUACUCACGAGAAUGGCAAUGGAGUAGACCUUUGAAUCCUGACUAUCAUGGAGAUGUAUUUUUAAAGAUGUAUUCACCCAAACGUCAUGAACAGUAUAUUCCUGUGGUCAGAAUACAAACUCCAAUUGGAGGGUCUAAGAAAAUUGUUAUAUUAGAGGAGGAUAGGAGAUAUCCGCCGUAUCAAAUAGUGAAUCUAUGCCGUACUCGUGCUAUUGCGUUUCAUCAAGUUGGUACAAGUCAGGAUUUUCCACCUUGGCUGGUUCGACCAGGACGAACUUCAAGAUAUGCAUGGGAUGAUCCUUGUGGCAUGGAAUGUAAGAAAAAGUUGUUAGCUGUAGAAGUAGUUGAGACUUCGUCUGAGAGUCGUUCAAUGUCCAACGUGAAUGGAUCGGAGAUGACUGCAAUGAGGUAUCCGGAAUUUAAUAUUAGCAUUGAUAUUGUUUCGAGAAAGUUUAACAAACAAGUUUUGCCAAAAGGUCCUGCACUUUUAUAUGCUGUCACUGUGAAUGGUCCUACCAAAGUUGUAACUUUUGUUGAUGAUGGUUCAGUUGACAUAGAUGAUCCUCUAGCAGCGCUUGCCAAGAUUACUUUUGCUGCUACCAAGUUUAUCUCGACUCCAAGCACUGGUGAUGCUCUUUGUUCUUUAGGAGAAGAUUUGAAUGCAAGACCUCAACAGGAGGCCACUGCUAUUUCAUCUAAUCAAGUUGUUGUUGCAAAGAAAGAAGAAGAGAAUGUGAACAGAGCAUGGCACUUCAGUAUUGCACUUGAUGCCGUUGGAAUAUCUUUCAUUGAUUCCACUCCUACAGAACUUGCUUAUUUGACUCUUACGAAUGUUCAUUUUGAUUAUCAGAAAACAGAAGAUUAUCAAGUGUACGAUCUAAGCAUAGGAGACUUGCAGCUUGACAAUCAACUUCCGAAUGCACCUUGGCCAGUAAUUGCUUGGCCCUCAGAACGUAGGUCAACUUCAGAAGCUUCAGAUAAUAGUGUUUCUGUACCGGAUAAUACGAAUAACAAACCUUUUUUUCAGAUAACUAUCGAAAAGUCACCCAAGACCUUUCCUGGAAUACAAGCUUUCACAGGAGUGUAUUUUGCUUUUCAAAGACUUAAUAUUUCCUUGGAUGAGUACUUCUUAAGACGUUGUUGGCCAUUUUUACAAGUUCUCCUUCGUCUAGACUCGAGUUCACAGGAGGAAUGUCUACAAGGUGAAGAUGAAGAGGAUAGAGAAGAUCGAGAUCAGAACAUGGAUUCAAACAGUCUCGUUUUUCGUGAACGUCUUUAUAUAGAAUGGUUACUCUUUGGACCAGUGCAACUUAUUGUCUCCUUUUCGUCAGCACCAUCUACGACGACUCGUUAUGGAGCUUAUAGACGACUGAUUCGAGUGUUGCUUGCCACAGUUGGAAAUGUGGAAGGGGCUGAGUUUCGGUUUAAUGCUUUAGAAUUACAUCAUGUAUUUGAUACAGAAAGUCAUCUAAGAGGACUCAUUGGAGAAUAUUAUAUUACUCAGGUCUUGGGUCAAAGAUUGAAACUCAUUUCCUCGAACAGCCUGUUAGGAAACCCUGCUGCGCUAUUUGAUUCCAUUGCACUAGGCGCAAAAGACUUUUUUGUUGAACCAUCUAAAGCGGUCGGUGGCCGAGAUUUUAUUAUUAGGUUAGAUCGUGGCUCAAGGUCGCUAGUGACUAAUACGGUUGGAGGUUUGCUCAAUUCUAUCAAUCAGAUUCCGCGUUCGCUUUCAGUUGGUUUAGCAACAGCCGUUGGAAAUCGGGAAUAUUUAGCGGAGAGAGAAAUGAAAAGAUCACGUCAACCAACUUCUGCGGUUGAUGGUUUUGUUCAAGGUGCGAAAUAUUUCGGAGAAGGUAUUUCUAAAGGCGUUUCUGGCGUCUUUCGAGAUCCUUAUCAAGGUCUUAAGCGAGAAGGAGCUAGUGGUUUCUUUAAAGGGCUGGGCAAAGGUCUCGUUGGAGGUCUAGUACAUCCAAUGACUGGUGUACUUGACUUUAUUGCGGAACCAGCUGCAGGUUUGCGAAGUAUGACUGUUGGUGGUUUACAACAAGGAGCUUUGCCUAUGAGACCGCCACGUGCUAUUGGUACGGUAAAGCAAUUGCAGUGUUACGAUGUACAUGCAGCCACUGGAAAAGCAAUCUUACAAGCUGUCAUUCGAAGUGGUGAUGAAGACCAUGAAGAGCUACUAUAUUGGAUUGAAUUGGAUAAUCUUUUCCAAUAUACUCCUAGUAAAGCAACUACCGAUGAAAAAUCCCCAGAAUGGCAACUUGCUGCCAUUGUUACUCUUUUUACAAGAUCAGGUCGUCGUGGAAAGACACUUGGAAAGGAGUUGUUGGCUGUCAAAGUUCAAGAAGCCUUGAACCAAGGUCGAACAGUUCCGGUAUCUAGUAAUUUCAGAGGAAGAGCAGCGUUGCUAACUUCUAGAAGAUUGAUGAUAACAACUUUUGAUGGAAAGGUUCUUUGGCAGCGCAAGUUGCGACAUAUAGUAGAUGCAAGAAUGACCAGUUCUGUCAGAGGCACACCAGCGUUGGCAAUCUGUGUGCUUUCAAGCAGAACUCAACAAGGUUUCUUAUGGGAAAGAAUUGACUGUCCUUCUUCAAGUGCAGUUGAAAGUCUCCGUAAGGUUAUUCUCAGGAAUAUUCGAUUUGUAAAUUCAGCCAGCUCGCCUUUACAAUAUACUACUACUUCAUCACGGGACUCAUCCUCAGCUUACAAGGGUUCAGAGAGCGAUGAGGAAGGAAGUAUAUCGGGUAGACAAAGUGAUGUUGGAGAAAGUUUGCAGGAUACUGAACAAGAAACUAGUAGUGAUAUGUUGGGUGAUAUUUUUCAUCAAGUACCAUUUUUGGAUGAAAAUAUUUCAAGUGAAACGACUUCUGUUACUCGUGGUUCACAUCAAGAUUCUGUAUCUUGCCAAGGCACAAGUCAACCGUUGGGUGGUUUGUAUCAACCAUCUCAUCCUUCCAAGUCCGUUGAUGAUGUUAUUCAAAGAGAAAUUGAUAGAUGCGUCUCAUUUCCAUCAAAUAGAAACCAAAAUGGUAAAAGAAGUCUUCGUUUGGUAAUUGCAAAUGCACUUGAAGGUCCUCUUCAUUUGGUAGAUGCGAACCUGAUUAGUGGUAUUUGGUGUCAAGAACCAACUUCUGUUAUUCCCAAUGGAAGUGCUCGAUUAUGUGAACUAGAAUGUGGCAAAGGUUUUAUGAAAGGAAUUGAAGGUUCUCUUGUAUUUGUAUUUCACUGCAGCUCAACGGAAACUCCAUGUUGGCUUACUAUUCGAUUUGUGCAUACAUUUUUUACUUCUAGCAAAUUGAAUGUAAAGGUUCCUGUAGGAAUCAGGUAUCGUGUUGUGGAAGGUGCAUCAGAACAUAGUUCUUGUAUCAUUAUUUUUACUCAUGAUAACUUUGAUACAACCAAAGUGCUGAAUAACUCAGUCUCCAUUGCUCCAGAAGAAAGAACGAAAUGUAAUACAAGUUCCUACUCCAUGAAUAGAAAUGAUUCCAAUGUCGUAGUUUCUGAUGAUGCUGUUGUAGAGCUUGCAAGUAUGGGUUUUGAUCCGGAAAAGGCUUAUCAAGUUCUUCAAUUGACAAACAGCAAUAUUUCUGAUGCUGUUCAGAUGCUUCUGGAAUGGGAUAACUCAUAAAUGAUGUGAUUGAGAUGUUUUUCUUGUACUAAUAAAACGAUGAAUUGUAUA